AUUCGAUCCGCUAACCUUGAUGGCAGCGAUGCUCGGCUGGUUCACAGUAUUGGUCAAGGACGCUUUCUAUGGGGCCUUUCUUUGGACUCUGUGUCGAGGCUACUAUUCUACACCGACGACGGCAACAAGGUCAUCGGAAUGAUAUCACUGGACACCAACAGUCAUCAUAUUGUCGUCGAUUCAAACAUUGGUCAGCCUAUGGACAUCGAGCUGGACAAACACAAUGGUGUCAUCUACUGGAGUGACUACUCCAGGAGUAAAAUAGAGAGGUGUAACUAUAACGGCUUGGACCGUGAGAUAUUUGUUUCCGCAUUCGUGCAUCUUAAAGGUCCUAAUGGUCUUGCUUUGGACACAGUAGGUAAGAUGUUGAGUUCUUUUUUGCCCCUUUUAUUUAUUUUUAAUGUCAAGUUUUGGAGAUUAUUCUUCCUUGUUUUUGUGUAUCAUUAUUUAUUUCGUUCUGCUUUUCUCAUUUGAAAACUUAGAUUUGUUGUUAGAAAGUUCACUUUUUUCUCUUAACCUGUGUAUGUGAGGAUUUGUUGUUACUUUUUCGUAUCUCAGUUUUCUUUACUUUGCUAAAAUUCAUCCGAAAGUGUACAUACUCGUGUCUAUCCAUACCUGAUUUCCUCCAUGCUGUGCGUUGGUAUGUAUCUGCAGAAUGCAUUAACAACAGCAUGGGUGUGUGAACGGGUGGAUGAAUGGAUGUGAAUGUAAAGGGAGGAGACUUUACUGGGCAGAUGGUGGUGCACAUCUGAUAGGAUGGAGGGAUCUGGACGGCAGACGUACUGGAGUUUAUUUUAAACAUCAGGGCCCGAACUUUAUGGGCCUGGAUAUCUACCACACUGAGUUGUUUGUCACGGACUGGGGACCUGACAAAAAUCUGGCAAACACAACACAUAUCUAUCGCAUUGGCAAGGAUGGAACGAUGACUGCGACUGUACAAGUUAAUGGAAGAGUAAACGAUGUCCGGGUGUAUGACGAGGAAAGAACAAAUAAAGUAUCUACCUCACCAGCGCCAACAAGCGAUCACACAAUAAGUGAAAGUACAGUAUCUACCUCACCAGCGCCAACAAGCGAUCACACAAUAAGUGAAAGUACAGAAACAGACUCUGACGGCGCUAAGACUUUAAACAUCAUCUUGGUCGGCGUCAUCGUUCCCUUGGUAGUAACUGCUGGCAUCGCCACACUCAUCGUUUUCAUAAAAAAAAGGAAAUGUAAGUAAACACCAGGAAAUAUAAUAACAU